AGGAGUUCGAGAUGCCGUCUUAUGCGGCUGUUAAUUGCACAAAUCGUGAUACUCGUGAAAAUCGCGACAAGGGACUUACAUUUCACAGAUUUUCGCAACUGCAAUGCUCAACUUCUAAAGCAAUGGGUAGUAAAUAUGCGGAGAGACAGGUGGAUUCCUGCAGCCAGAUCGCAACUCUGUUGUAGUCAUUUCACCGAGAAGAACUUCGACAGGACCGGCCAGACUGUUAGAUUACAACAAAAUGCAGUUCCAACAAUAUUUGACUUUCCUGAUCAUCUUCUAAAGCAAGAUGGCCGACCAAUGGCUUCAUGCGGUCAGCAGGGACGCCCCUUCCAGUAGUAUAGAGUUCAGAGUGGUUACCACAGGAGAAACAUGUAACAAACGUGGUAUGGUAAGACCAUACCAUUUUUGACUGCGGGGCUUUCAGGCUACUUCCUGCUUUGCAGAGGAUGACGUGAAACAACAAGAUUGUACCCUUUUUGAUUCUAAGGCAAAGAUACCAAGCUACUUCCUGGUUUAUGGAGGGACGACGCCACAGCAGACCACAGGACUGUAUCAUUAAAAAAAAACAUUCUGGGGCAAGGGAACGCUGCUUCCAUCCAAAUAUGAAAAAUAUCAAUAUUGUUUGUUGUUUUUUAGCUAGCAUGCUACUUUAAAAUUACAACCAUUUGUUGUUAGAUUACAACUUUUUUCUGUUAAUAUUUUGACUUUAUUCUUGCAAAAAUUACUGCUGAUUUUUCCUUGUUUGCUGGGUUUUUUUUUUUUAAGUUUUCUUGCUAAAAUAUAUUUUGACAAUGUGGCCCCUGGGCCGCACUGUGGACACCUCUGACGUAAGACAACAGGAAGGUACCUUUUUACUGCCGUCUGCCUCAAUGGGCACGAUCCUACCAGACCCGGAAGCAAAAAUGGAAAAUAAAUUCCUGUAACAAAAGUGGCAAACAUCAUGGUGCGCCAUAAUUUACAUUUGGUGUUACACUAGCAGGCUAUGUACGUCCUUGUUCAUGAACAGACGUUGGGAAUAGACGUAUGGGGCAAUCUCAUUUGCAUUCUGGGGGAUUCCAUCAUGACUCUUAACAUCAAAUAGAGGACAUAAAUGGCCCUGGGCUGCAAACAAUCAGGCUGAAAGCACAGUGAAGAAGUUGUUUUGUUGUGUGGUAUCGUGUAAACAUCCUCAGUACACAUCUUGAUGACAAUCACACACACAGAUUAGCUUGAGCUAAUCAUGUGCUUCUCCUCCUUUUUCACCUGGGAGGAAAUCCCAUUGAUGACAUAAAAAGAGUCCCACCCAUGGCUGAGCACACAUAUAACGGCUUGGCAGCAGUCGUCUUAAGCACAGUUGGGCUGAAGCAGCGAGGUCAGGGUGACAAUCUCUUUUCACGCUUUUCAUUGCUUCUGCAACAUCUUUAACUGUCCAGGAUGGGGAAUGAGCACUCCAAGAGCAAGGAUCCGAGCAAGGAUGAAAAAAAUCACCCUAGUCAUGAAAAUGGAGGAGUCAAUGGCCUGACAGUCAACAUCACCUCAAAUGAAUUGGACAUUGAUAUUAACAGGGACACCACAGUCCAACCCAACGGCAAGGCUGCGGCUGCCGAACCCCUGCAGGAGCAUGACUUGGUGAUGGUCUCGUCGGAAGGUCAACCAGUCGAAGCUCUGCCCGCUUCUCCUGAGGCUGAGCAACCGAAAGACGAAAAAGUGCAUCUUUUUGAUAAACUAUUCAAAAAGAAAGCAGAACCGGAGGCAACAGUCAACGCCGAGAAUGUUGAUGAAGAAGAAAGACAAAAUGAUGAGAUCGAUAUAAGUCAUCCGGAUGCUCAUACAGAGCUGGAGUCCAAUUUGAGCGGAGAAGAAGCCGUCGCCACAUUUGAGCCCAAAGAGGAGUCGGACUGUCCUCAUCACAAAGCAGAAACAUCCACACAGACAGACAGACUAAACGACGCGGAUAUUUGGACGCAAACGGGAGAUGAAGAGGACGCAGCGUUGACUAACAUGGUAGAUGCGUCAGAACCAAGCAGAGAACCGAGUGACUACGAUAUCGUCAUUGCAGAGGAGGCGGUUGAAGAGAGCUCACAGGAGGAGUCGCUGGGCAACCAGGCAGCGGGAAUCAUCAUCGAAGAAAUUACAUUGGAGAACGUCAUUUAUGAGAACAUUGUCUUCAGAGCAGAGAAGGUGGUGGUGACAAACGAUGGUGAUGUCCGGAAUCCUGAGAAAACUGAUGCAGAAUCCAUCACAGAAGUAGCCCAGGAGGUCAAAGUGGAAGACGGAGAACCACCCAGUGAAACGCUGCUGACUGAGACUGAGCAUGAUGUUGUCAUGCGUGACAUCAGGGAAGGAAAUGUGAUCACAGUGAUGGAGACAAUCUCAGAGGAGGAGGAACAUUUCAUCCUGGAGACAACAGAGUCAACAGUCCAUGAGGACGUUAGCGAUAUUGCUGUAGGUGAUCUUGUGCGUGAACAACCUUUAGAGAGAUGCGAUGCUUGUAAAGAACUGUCAACCAUUGAUGAAGUUCCUGAGGACCAUUUUGAUGAAUUUGUGUCUCAACUUACCAGCACAGACAGUACUGCAGAUGGAAACAAAACUGCAAAGGAGAUACAAGUGGAGGCAGUUGAUACCCUCUCUCAGAACCCUGAAUCUCAGGAACCCAGCACUGAUAGCCACCUGGAAGUCAUCCACUCUGAGGAAUCUAGACAGAAGGAAACUGAGACAGUCCUAGAAAGUGUUGCUGAAGAUACACCUGUCCAGGAAUCGCCUUCUGAAUCACAUCACAAAAUCCCUGCAAUCCCCUCUGAGCAGAACAUCAUGCUAGCUCAAGAUAAGGAAUCGACACAAAAGGAAGUCCAAGGAAGUGCGGAUGAAGAUACGCCUACAAUCCAAGUAUCAGUUGCAGAAGGAUCUGAAGGUGCUGAAUGUUCCAAAACACUCAACGGAAUCCCAGACAACUCAGAGCCACAUGUAGAUAUCUUUAUCCCUGCCAAAGGCGAGAUCCACUGUGAGAAAUCUACACAGAAGGAAAAUGAGUCAGUCCUAGAAAGUGUUACUGAAGAUACACCUGCCCAGGAAUUCUCUUCUGAAUGUGAAGCUGUGGUAGAUGUCCCUUGUUCUGAAUCACGUCACAAAAUCCCUCCAAUCCCCACUGAGGAGACCAUCAUUCUUGCUCAAGAUGAGGAAUCUAUACAAAAGAAAGUCCAAGGAAGUGCGGAUGAAUAUACACAUAACCAAAAAUCCUCUGUAGAAUGUGAAUUCACAUUUGCUGAGAUCCCACCAAUCCGAGAGUCACCUGUGGAAGAGAUCACCAUCCCUGCUGAAGAUGAGACCCGCUAUGAGGAUUGUAAAUACAAAGAAUCAGAUCGCACAAUCCAAGUAUCAGUUGCAGACGGAUCUGAAGAUGCUGAAUGUUCCGCAACACUCAAUGCAAUCCCAGACAACUCAGAGCCACAUGUUGAGAUCUUCAUCCCUGCCAAAGGUGAGAUCCACUGUGAGGAUUCAACACAGAAGGAAACCGAGUCAGUUCUAGAAAGUGUUACUGAAGAUACACCUGCGCAGGAAUCGUCUUCUGAAAGUGAAGCUGUGGUAAAUGUCCCUUGUUCCGAAUCUUGUCACAAAGUCCCUGCCACCUCCACUGAGGAGACCAUCAAUCCUCCUCAAGAUGAGGAAUCUACACAAAAAAAAGUUCAAGGAAGUGCGGAUGAAGAUACACAUAACCAAAAAUCAUCUGCAGAAUGUGAAUUCACAGAAAGAUCUGAAGGUAUUGUAGCAGAAGCUGAAUGUUCCAAACUACUUGCUGAGAUCCCAACAAUCCUAGAGCCACAUGCUGAAGAUGAGACCCACUAUGAGGAUUGUAAACAGAAAGAAUCGGAUCACACAAUCAGAGUAUCAGUUGCAGAAGGAUCUGAAGAUACUGAAUGUUCCGCAACACUCAACGGAAUCCCAGACAACUCAGAGCCACGUAUUGAAAUCUUCACCCCUGCCAAAGGCAAAGUCCACUGUGAGGAAUCUACACAGAAAAAAACUGAGGCAGUCCUAGAAAGUGUUGAUGAAGACACACCUGCCCAGGAAUUGUCUUCUGAAUGUGAAGCUGUGGUUGAUGUUCCUUGUUCUGAAUCACAUCACAAAAUACCUGCAAUUCCCACUGAGCAGACCAUCAUCCCUGAUGAAGAUGAGGAAUCAACACAAAAGAAAGUCCAAGGAAGUGCGAAUGAAGAUACACCUAACCAUAAAUUAUCUGCAGAAUGUGAAUUCACAGAAAGAUCUGAAGGUAUCGUGGCAGAAGCUGAAUGUUCUGAACAGCUCACUGAGAUCCCAACAAUCUUAGAGCCACCUGCUGAAAAUGAGGCCCACUAUGAGGAUUGUAAACAAAAAGAAUCGGAUUACACAAUCAGAGUAUCAGUUGCAGAAGUUUCUGAAGAUGCUGAAUGUUCUGCAAGACUCAACGGAAUCCCAGACAACUCAGAGCCACGUAUUGAGAUCUUCACCCCUGCCAAAGGCAAAGUCCACUGUGAGGAAUCUACACAGAAAAAAACUGAGGCAGUCCUAGAAAGUGUUGCUGAAGAUACACCUGCCCAGGAAUUGUCUUCUGAAUGUGAAGCUGUGGUUGAUGUUCCUUGUUCUGAAUCACAUCACAAAAUCCCUGCAAUUCCCACUGAGCAGAACAUCAUCUCUGCUGAAGAUGAGGAAUCUACACAAAAAAAAGUCCAAGGAAGUGCGAAUGAAGAUACACCUAACCAAAAAUCAUCUGCAGAAUGUGAAUUCACAGAAAGAUCUGAAGGUAUUGUGGCAGAAACUGAAUGUUCUGAACAGGUCGCUGAGAGCCCAACAAUCCUAGAGCCACCUGCUGAAGAUGAGUCCCACUAUGAGGAUUGUAAAGAGAAAGAAUUGGAUCACACGAUCCGAAUAUCAGUUGCAAAACUGUCUGAAGAUGUAGAAUGUUCUGCAACACUCAGCUCAGAGCCAUAUGUGGAAAUUGUCAUCCCUGCCAAAGGCGAGAUCCACUGUGAGGAAUCUGCUGGUGAAGAUUCUACUGAACACCAAAUUUCUGAAUCAUAUAAAGCUCAAAUUUCAAAAGACAACCCUGCAACAUCAGACGCCCCUGAAGAGGAUCAGGCAAGUCCUCGUGAUGAGGGUGUGGCCGCAGUAGAGCCUGUUGUUGAAGCUAUCUCAGAGAACCUUGCACUUUGUGAAAUCAUGAAUACCGAGUGUUGUGUCUUGCAAGCAGAAUCUCCAACAGAAGAGGAGCUAGUUUCCUGCAGUUUAGAGCAGGAGGAACCAGUGGAAGAGAACAUGGACCAACCAACCCGUACAGAAAAUACAGUUCUUGAAGAACCCAACAACUGUGAUAAUUGUUUAGCUGCUUCAGAGUGUCUCAGGACUGUCAUUGAGGGGGUUUUUGGAAAAAUUAAUCCAGCGGACACCUCUGAAGCUGGUGGUGAGGUGAGACCGACUGACGAUUCCUCAGACCUGAAUCCAGAACAUCAGGAGCAUAUUGAUGCUAUACUUGUGGGGUUGCAGUCUUCGUGUACAUCGAUCAUUGAAGAAUCUUCCUACAGACUUGACGGUUUGGAGAUAUCUUCAUCAGGUUGCAAGAUCACCAUCGUCCUCCAAGUGUCUCCAUUAGAAGAGCAGCAAUGAAAUAUGAAAAUUGAUAUGUUUUUGCUAUUUACCUCCUCAUAAAGUUUUCAGAUUGUAUCGUUGUGUUUGUAAAUAUCAAGUUCACCUUGUCACUUACUGAUGCUUUACAAUAAAAUUAAAACUUGGCAAGUCUGACCGUUUCUUUUUCCCCCUUUGAAUUUUCAUCACCUUGAGGAAUCCUGUGGGGAGUACUCCAGGUGUAUGGGGUACCAGACCAUCUAAUUCAGGCGGUUCGCUCCCUGUGUGAGCGGAGUCAGAGCUCGGUCUCCAUUGCUGGCAAUAAGUCGGACACGUUUCCAGUGAGGGCUGCCCUUUGUCAUAGAUUCUGUUCAUUAUUGCUAUGGACAGAAUUUCUAGGCGCAGCCAGGGCGUUGCGGGGAUCCGGUUUGGUGGCUGCAUGAUUGGGCCUCUGCUUUUUACAGAUGAUGUGAUCCUGCUGGCUUCAUGGUGCCGUGAUCUUUCACUGGAUCGGUUCGCAGCGGAGUGUGAAGUGGGUGGGAAGAGAAUCAGCGCCUCCAUGUCCGAGUCCAUGGUUCUCUCCUGGAAAAGGGUGGCGUGUCAUUCCGGGUCAGGGGUGAGAUCCUGCCCCAAGUGGAGGAGUUUAAGUAUUUUGGGAUUUUGUUCACAAGUGAGGGAAGGGUGGAGCACGUGAUGGACAGGCGGAUUGGUGCUCUACUUGUGGGGUUGCAGUGAUGCGGACCCUGCGUCGGUCUGUUGUGGUGAAAAGGGAGCUGACCUGAAAGGCAAAGGUCUCAAAUUAACAGUCUACAUUCCCACCCUGAACUAUGGUCAUGAGCUUUGGGUAGUGACCAAAAGGACAACAUUGUGGUUAUAAGCAGCCAAAAAGAGAUUUCGCCGGAGAGUGGCUGGGCUCUCCCUUAGAGAUGUUUUCUGGGAGAAACUCGGCGUAAAACCGUUGCUUUUCCACAUUGAGAGGAGCCAAAUGAUGUGGCUCAGUCAUCUGGUCAAGAUGUCUCUCCAGAAAUCUCCCUAGGUAGGUGUUUAGGGCACGUCCGACCGGUAGGAGCCCUUGGGGAAGACCCAGGACACGCUGGAGAGCAUACAGUAUGUCUCUCAACUGGCCUGGGAACGCAUCGGGAUUUGCCGGGAGGAGCUGUAUGAAGGGGCCGAGCAGAAGGAAGUGUGGGCUUUCCUGCUCAGGCUGCUGCCCCAGCAACCCAAACUUGGAUAAGUGCUAGAAGAUGGAUGGAUGAAAACACAUGAUGUCAUCGAUUGAAUUCAGUUCCACAUGUAAGGUUCAUUGAUGACAUAUACAUAUAAUACAUACAGCUGUAGAAUUCAACAAGAAAACAAAACAAAAAAAUCACUAAACAACAGCAAAAAUGGAAACAGCAGUCAUUUUACAAUAAUAAAGUGAAAAUAAGAAGAGAUUAAAUUUGUAAUCUAACAAGGAAAAGUUGUAAUUUUCCUAGAAUAACGUCAUAAUUUUCUGAGAAAAAAUAAUGUACUUUUAGUUGCAUAAAAGCUGUAAUUUUACAAAAAAAUAAAAUCAAAACAUUAAAGCGAAAAAAGUAAUAUUAUAAUGAGAAAAAAAGUUGCAAUUUUACAAUAAUGAACUUUUAAUAUGAGGAAAUAUUAUGUCAUUUUAGUUGCAUGAAAUUGAAACAUUAAAGAAAAAACUAUUUUUUUCAUAGUAGUAAUAUUGUGAGAAACAAACACUUUUGGAAAAUCAUAAAGUCAUAAAGUUAUGAGAAUAAAGUCAAAAUAUUAUGGAAAUGAAGUCAUAAAUACGAGAAGAAAAUUGAAAAGUAGAAAGUUGAAAUAGUUGGGGAAAAAAAUAAAAACAACAGAAAUGAAAAAAAACAGCAGUAAUUUUACAAGAAUUAAGUCAAAAUAUCAAAAAAAAAAAAAAA